UUUAUUAUUAGAUUAUUUUUUUGAGUGUACUCUUAAAACAGAGAGCGGAGAGAGCAUUUUGCAUUGCGCUAUCGCGUCGUCUAUAUUUCUUUGGGGUUAAAAUUUCCAUUGCAGCAGUUUCCGUCUCAUUUGUUGGACUGCUUUGUGAGUGAAUUGAAGCGUUUUGUUUUUCCUCUGGCGAGUCGAGUAAAAAUUUCGUAAUAAUAAUGACUGAUAACAUUUAACCAACUGAAAAGUAGCGGAGAAAUGCUUAGUUACACUACAAUUAAAAACGACCAUGAAUUUAUAAAUAUUCAACUACGUGUUUCAAAAACAAACAAAGAUAUGCGGAACCAGAGCUAAAAACAAAGUGUUAAAUAGAAAAGACAACGGGAGAAAUUCGAACGAGAGAGCGUGGGAGAGAAAGAGAGUGCGAGAGAGUGUCGCGAUAAGAGAGAGAGCUCAAAUUGUUGAUUAAAAUGUGUGUCAAAAUAUAACAACAAACAGAUGGGUAAAUCAUUUGUUUUUGAUAAUAUAUCGUGGGAAGCGGCACGUGUUUUUUGGGUUUUUAAUAAACAUCGUAUAGCAACCCAUAUACACCCGUCUAAUUUUGGAUGUAUGCUCACCUAAGCUACUUAGUUGUUAAACAAAAAAUAGAAAACCAAACAAUAGAAAAGACAACAAAAUCGACAACUGCAUGUGAAAUUCACAAAAAAUCGCACUUGUCACCACUUUUCGACGUCAGCAAAUCCCAAAGAUAUAGAGCAAAUAUAGGAAAGAUACGGAAAAGCGAAGUGUAAACCCGCAAAAUGCACGGCGUGAAGAGGGUGCUGAUCUUCUGCCUGAUGAUUGUAAUACUGCCGGCCAUUCUUAUCAUUAUGCCACUGCAUCUGCGAAAGACGGUCUUUGCGGAUGUCGUCUAUCCCAUGGCGGAGUCUGAUAUCAUUGAGAUUCGGGCCGGAAUCUCGUCCAUUUUCUGCUCGAAGCACACCCUGCGAAUGAACUCCAAUUUCAAUGCAUUUCAACUGAGGAACAAGCCCGAGAUCGCCACGAAUCGCAAGCAUAUUAGGCUGAAGAAGUCGAUGACCCUGCCGGAUGAUACCCUGGAAUACUGGGGCUUCUUUUUGCUGAAAGGGGCCCAGGUGCAUGUGAAACUGUGCUCCCGCUACGAUGGCUCCAGUAUCCUGAUCAUCCAUGGUCACAGGGAACUAAAUCUUUGCGGCCUAACCGAUCACAAUAAGAACAAGGUGGACGCCAACUAUGCCAAAGGCCACGAACAAGUGCAGGUGUUCUUCGAAGAUAAUGUGGAGAUCACGGAGGAGAAGAGCAACCAGGACACUUUGAUGGAACACGAGAACCACGGUGGCGAGGACCUCAGCGAAGAUGAAUCGCAGCCUCAGUUGAAUAUUCCACACAAGCAUAAUGGAUCGGGACAGCCAAAACUUUUGCAGAAAAAAAUUAAAAAAGGUGAAAUUCAUCACAGUGAUCACUACUCGAAUGCUGUUACAGAUCUGCAAGGAUCACACCACAAGGAGCAUAUUUUAAAUCAUCACGAUCACAGCUCAAAUUCACCUGCCCAUCAUCAUAAUCACUCUUUGAAUGCUCCAAUCCAGCACCAAGAUCAUUCCCAGACGGAUUCGAAUGCCACAACCGAUGAAACUAGUCACAAUCCCAAACACAUUCUAAAUGAGGAUCAUCCAGAUCAUCACAAUUCGAGUGAGGAUCAUCCAGGUCGCAAAUUAAGUGAGGAUCAUCCAAGUCACAAUUCGAGAAAGCAUCAUCCAGAUCACAAUUCAAGAGAGGAUCAUCAAAACCACAAUUCGGGAAAGAAUCAUCCAGAUCACAAUUCAAGUGAGGAUCGUCCAAGUCACAAUUUAAGUGAAGAUCAUCCAAGUCGCAAUUCGAGUGAGACGCAUAGUUCAAAUAACGGGCAACACCGCCAACGGCCAAAAAGACAUAAUGGCAUGAGUCAUAGAAAUCAGAGAAGGCAUGAACUGUACGAGAAGCUCUACAAAAGAUCGAAGCGGGAUAAUGUCUACGAUAGAAAACCCAUGCACGGAGGCAAUGCGAUCAACUUCACGGAAACCGACGAGUCCAAUUCGGUGUCCAGUUUCGAAACUGGACUGAAACAGUGCUUCGAUGGAAUGAGGCUGCUGCAGAGGUUCUUCAAGCCGAAAAACGAGUGCUCCAUUUCGCACAUCAUGGAGCCGUCGUCGAACAAGAGUUCGAUGGUGGUGCACAAUGUGAUCGAGGAUGGCUACUACUACUAUAUAUUCUACAGCGACAACGAUUACGUGAAGAACGAGAUUCAUGCCAUAUUCGAUAUAUACAAGCCGACGUAUCAGUACGCAAACAUGAGCGAAUCGCAGAGCUGUCUGAACACCUCGAACUGCACUUUCAACAUCAAUUUCCUCUCCGACGAGAUCGUGGUGGUGGAGGUGCCCACGCGGGAUGGCAUCGAGCACGAGGAGGACGACAUAACCAACCUGAUCUCCACGUGCCAUCCGCGCAGCGAGAUCUACGCCAUAUUCCCCAUCACCGUGCUCGUCCUGAUCCUCUGCUGCUCCUUCCUGUAGUCCCCCCAAAAAUCCACUGCAAUUCCGGCGAAGUCUUGUGAUAUUAAUAGGGAGGCAACUACCGGGUGAUAUAACGUGAUGGCCGGCCCCAAAACGAGAGCUUUUCGAGUAGCCAUAGUAUAUCUAUAUCCCAUAUCGAUUAUACACACGGAAUGAACAGUCUGAACAAUUCGUUAUCAAUAUACGUAGUUUGUAAUAUCGAUGUAGCCUAAGACGCAAGCAUUUCAAAGUCUACAAAUACUGGAUUAUUUUAGGAAUGUAAGACGUAUAUAUAAUUUGUAUAUUGUAUAAAAACAAUUGUAGAUAAAAGUAAUUUUAAGGAAGAACUUUAGUACUUAUCAACCAUAUAACUAAUUCUCAUUUUGUAUCGGGACAUACCUCUUUGAUCUUUUUGUUGACCUUAAAUUUGUUCAUUUAACUAAGUAGAUUCAAAUUUAAAAGAGAAUUUUUAUUAAAAAAACUGACCAUAGUUUAAUCGAGAUUUUUCGUUAAAA